CCGACCUCGCCGGCUUCCGGUCCCGAGGGGGAGCGCGAGUGGGAGAAACUUCAGUCACGUGCUUUUGUUGUCUUCUUUUUUUUGUGUGUGGUCCGGAGCCCUUUGCCCUUUGACCUUAGGGGCGUGGCGGUGGGGGGUUGCAGGAGACGGGGAAGCGCGGCGAGACCACCUGUUCGGCUCGUGCGCCAACGUGGUCACUAACUGCCAAGAGAAAAUCCAGCAUUGGACGAAGGUAGAUAAUGACUAUAAUGCCCUGCGAGAAAGACUCAGUACCUUGCCUGAUAAGUUGUCUUAUAAUAUUAUGGUACCAUUUGGCCCGUUUGCCUUCAUGCCGGGAAAACUCGUGCACACUAAUGAAGUCACUGUUUUACUCGGGGACAACUGGUUUGCGAAGUGCUCGGCAAAGCAGGCCGUAGGUUUAGUUGAGCACCGGAAAGAACAUGUAAGAAAAACAAUAGAUGAUUUAAAAAAAGUGAUGAAAAAUUUUGAAUCCAGAGUUGAAUUCACAGAAGAUUUGCAGAAAAUGAGUGAUGCAGCAGGGGAUAUUGUUGACAUAAGAGAAGAAAUUAGAAGUGACUUUGAGUUUAAAGCAAAACACCGAAUUGCUCAUAAACCUCAUUCCAAACCAAAAACUUCAGAUACUUUUGAAGCAGAUUUUGAAAACGAUGUGAAAUCCAAAGAUUGGCCUGCUGAUACGGAGCUGUGGGCUCGGCUCGAAGAGCUGGAGAGACAGGAAGAGCUGCUGGGUGAACUUGACAGCAAGCCUGACCCCGUGAUUGCCAACGGAGAGGACGCAGCCUCCUCUGAGGAGGAGAAGGACGGUGGAAGCACACAUGGGGGAGUGACUCAUCGAGUGACAGCCCCGCUCGCUCCCGGCAGUUGUCACGAGGGCGUGACAAGUUCAGAACUGUUCAAUGGUCACACGGAUAGUCAGUCGAACUGUUCAGUGAAUGGCUCAGAUUCUUAUCACAGUGACGAUGAUGAUGAUGAUGACGACGACGACGACCACAAUGGUGACGGUGACCAUGACGCUUCAGGGCUCGGAGACGACUCUAUACCAACAAUAUACUUUUCGCACACUGUCGAGCCUAAGAGGGUCCGAAUAAAUACUGGAAAAAACACCACUUUAAAAUUCAGCGAAAAGAAAGAGGAAGCCAAACGCAAGCGGAAGAGCAGCUCGGGUGGCCACUCGGCCCAGGAGCUGCCCGCCAUCAGGACUCCAGCUGACAUUUACAGAGUCUUCGUGGACCUGGUGAACGGAGAGUACGUGCCCCGCAAGUCCAUCCUGAAGGCGCGGAGCAGGGAGAGCAGCGUGUGCAGCGACACCAGCGAGGGCAGCGCCGCCGAGCCGGAGGAGCGGCGCCCGCCCCGGAGCCUCCCCGGCGAGGACGCGGCCGGCAGCGACGCGGGGGAGGGCGCUCUGGAGGAGCAGGCGCAGCGGGGCGGCCCCCAGAAGAGGCUGCUGCCCCCACCCGGGGCGCGCGAGGCUUUCUCCGGAACUGUGAUAGAGAAAGAGUUUUUAUCGCCCACCUUAGCGCCCCACCCGGCCAUCGCGCUCCCCGCCCUCCCCACCAUUCCAGAACGGAGAGAAGUUCUGUCUGAGGCAUCAGAAGAAACCGCAAAGAGGGUUUCAAAGUUCAAAGCUGCCAGACUGCAGCAGAAAAACUAGGCCCUGCCUGGGAAAUGGGAAUUCACACCCUAAAACACAGCGGUGCAUUUGUUGAGAGCACACGUGGCAGAACAUGUUACGUGUUGUUGGAAGUGAGGCUUCCUGAGUUAGUUUGGCAACAAGUUCUUCUGCCCUUAUCUGUUUUAUUUAAAAAAUCAAAGUAAAUGUUUGAAUACUUCAAUAUUCAGCUUGUUCUGUUAAUUCUCUGAACACGGUCCACAUUCUUGUCUAAGUCUGCCUUAUCAUGCAGUAGCAGCGUUUUGAGUUACUUUUCAGAAAGUACUGUUCAUAUGCAUUGUUUUUGUGUUUCAGACGAAACAGGCAGUUCUGUACCAGCUGUAAUGUUGUGCCUACCAUACGGACCAUUUUAAAGAAAAUUUUAAAAUUUCAAACAGUUCCAACAAUUAUAUUGCUUUCACAUUUUAAAGGCACUUUAAAAUAAAAUCUCCUUCUCUUGUAGGUUUUUGCAGCUAGGUGGCUAUUUUAAAAAAAAACCUCUCCCCUCUAAAUGUCCUACUGUAAUCUUUAAGGCAGAAAGCUACGUGGACCCUAUGGGAAAGUUUCUUUGGUUGGAAGUCUGAUAUUUUGUAAAACAUUUUUUUUUUUUUCAAGUAAAGACUUUACGAAACUUGGUCUCCAAAAUGUUGUGAACUUUAUGAUUCAGAGUGUAGAUGUGUCCUUGAUUCUUAUGUGCUGCCUGCACUUCCUGACAAACCCUCUUAUGGCUCCGUAGGUGGGUACCGCCUCUCCCUCGGUAUGUGUGUGUGGUUUUCACUGGGAUGAAGUUCUGGGAGAGAAGGAAAGGUUGUCUAGAUGCUAAAAAAUAGAUUUCUUAAAUAAAAAUGUCUUAUGUUCUAAUCUUCUCAACAUUUUUAUUCUUUAUUUUCCUACUAGUAAAUAACUGAAAUGACAUAUUUACUUUUGGCAAAACUCCUUAGAAUAAAGAGAAAUUUGUUCUAACAUUGAAAAUUACACUGCAAGUUAAUCAUUCGGCUUUGAUGCAUUCUCAAAUGUGGCUUUCAGACAGCAUCCUGCAUUAGUACUAAAAUAAGCCAUCGGUGCCAGUCCACCCUCUAUUCAUGGCUAAAUAUUUAAAGGUUAUUUAUAGCUGCUUUAAUGAAUUCCUGCUUAAACAAAGUGAAAUUAUGUCCUAGAAAAGUAGAACCUAUUUGUAACUAGAACAGCAUAACUGUAGAAGUUUUAUGAAUAUGUAUUUUAAUGAUAAGGGGGGGGAUACUAGUUAAUGGCUAAUUCAGAACGAAGGACUGAUUUUGAAAGAUUGCCUAAAAAUGUGGGUUUGUUCUUCAGUAAAUUUUGAUCAAUUCUGCAUAUAUUUUUCUAGUUAAAAACUGUUUUUCUUUCAGACCAUCCCUCCACUCCGAAAGACCUAACCAAAUACGAGUACGUUACACACACACACACACACACACACACACACACACACACACACACACACACUUCUGUUUCAAACUGCUAUUUACAGUUUCUGUUCUAAAUUGUUUUUUCUCCUAGAAACGAACUAUUGUAGGACUAUUGUGGUGUUCAUUACAGACAUGUAGUUUCAAGAGUAUUGUCAUUAAAUAAUUUCUCGUGUUUAUAAACUU